GCUAUUGUCUCUCUCUCUUCACUUCUGCCUCUUCCCUUCUCUUCUUCCCUCUGUUGUCUCACUUGCCCUGCGACCGCUGGCCGGCCUGCUGUCUUUCCUUGUCUCUUUUGUCUACAACACACGUCUGCUUGAGCCCCAGCAAUACAGCUAGCAUUGACACUUGCCCGCCGCUGGGACGCGCUCGCCUUUCCCCAAUUAUGUUCACUUUCACCACUCUCAUUGCCCUUCCUUGCAUGCUGCGAGCAGUAUCGGCACGAACACUAUGGAUUCCACAGGAGUGGGAGAACGAAGACUGGACCCUCACGAAACGAGCCGAUACGUGCGGUGGCGAUUCCGCCCUCUCACAAUGUGGCAGUGGAUUCCCCUCCGACUUCUGCUGCGGCGAGAACACUGUGUGUCUUUCGCUGAACACGACGACAACCAUCACCGCCGCAUUAUGUUGUCCUGCCGGCCAGAGCUGUUCCACCAUAUCACCUGUCUCUUGUGAUCAGACCUACCAAAAUGCCACAAGUAAUCCCGGGAGCCAACUACAUUCAAAACCCACCGCAAGACUGGACACCUGUGGCGAUGCGUGCUGUCCGAUGGGCUACAGGUGCUCAGGCAAAUUGUGCAUAGCGCUGUCGGAAAGCGAGGUGGCUACAACCUCAUCUUCGGCAUUGAGCAGUGCGACUUCGUCUGCAUCCCCGACCGCAACUACUUCUUCAGAAACCAGCACUGCGGACCCGACAAGCACUCCAUCCGCAUCUGCGUCCUCUGCUGCAGAUGCGGCAUCGACAACAUCAUCUACGCCAGGCGAGAAGGAAGAGAGCUCCAGCGACUUCUCCGGGAAGUCUUUCGUUGCUGGCUUCAUACCGGGUAUCAUGAUCGGCGUGUUGCUUCUAGCUGCAUUGAUCUUCUGCCUUCGGCGCCGAAAGCAGUCCAAGAGUAGUGCUAUCAGCGAGAAGAAGCACUACUCCAAGGACACUCUGACCGAUCUGGGGCUGAACGGACCUUCUCGCCGACCCACGGUGCACGGCAGGUCGAUAUCCGAGCCUACGGUAGACAUGAGCCUGGGCCAUCGCACAGACUUCGCCAACCGUACCUCUCCGGAGCAGAAAACCCGCGAUGUUGUUCAUAGCGGACUGUCUGGCUAUGUGGUCAACGUGGAGUCGCCUGCGCGACGCCCGGCAAAUCCGACACCGCAAGGCAAGGCCUGGCUUUCCCAUUCGCCGUUUGUCAAUCAAGUUGCCACGCCAAAGCCAUCUCAAUCUCCACUCCCAAGACACCUCAAGCGCGGCACGCUCUCCUUUGACUCCUUCAAGAUAAGCCCCGUCCGUGGUCGUCGACAGAGCCAGCAAGCUCCCACCGCGCGCCUCGUCGACGACCACCGACCAGAUCUCGCCCGCCAGGGAAGCACAGAAACGAUCAAAGUUGCCAUGGGCACUCCGAGCCAGAAUCCGAGCACCGCCGGAACGCUGCCUUCCAAAACCUAUCAACCUCAGUUUGCUCAAAACAACCACACCGCAUCCAGCUCCAACAAGUCAUGGCAAACCACCCAUUCUUCUCGAAGUCCGGACAUCACACCCAUUGAAGACGACCCCGAUUACUCCACGCCGACUCGACCGGGUCGAAACAGCAACAUCGUGAACAUUGGCGCCAGUCUGAACUCACCUUACACAACCCCCACGUAUCCUGCUCCCCUUACCAACCGGGAUAGCACCAGAACCCAACCACAAGUCACCUACCCACCCAUGAAAGCCACCACCGCUUCACAGCCCUACCCAACGCCGCAGUCAUCGGCAGGCCACAGAUCUUACGUCGCGCCAGUCGCGCACACAGGCCACGCUUCCACAUUCGCGGACACGGGCAUGCCUUUCUUGAAGAGUCCGAAUCUGCAGCCUCCGAGUCCUGCGUAUGCCGGCAAUGGAAAAGGUCGAUCGAGACUGACAGGACUCUUUCCAAAUUGGAGUUCUUCUGGCGGAGGCGACAGUGGCGAUCGCAUGACGAGAGUCAGCAGAGAAACUACGUGGGGCGGCAUGAUUGAGAAGGCUGGGUUGAGGAGAAGUCAGCUGUAUACGGGCAAACAGGGUGAUCCGAGAGAGUGGAAUAGACGAGCGUAGAUAUGAAUGAUAUGAAAAUCUGAUGGC